AUGUCAAUAAUUAAAGCAUCAAAUCAAACAACAAUAAUCUCACCUAGUCCAACAUUUAUGGCUAUUGAUGAUCAAAAUUAUUUUGUUGUACUUGGUUAUCGUGGUAAUGUUGUUCAAAUGAAUAGAACAACAAUGAGCGUCAUUCGUUCAACAAACUUAGCAGCUUCUACAGGAGCAUUUACUUAUAGCAAUGGCUAUUAUUUAAAGGACAGAAGUGAUUGUCUAAUGAAAUCGGACAAUGCCUGA